CAUCUCAGAAAGCAGAGAGUGGAAAAUGACCGCAAUCUCACACUCCCUGCGCUCAAGCUGUGGCCGUCUCAAAGACCACAACAUCUCUUGUACUCGUUUGACCUCCACCCUCUCCUCACUCGUCACCACCAACCCAAAACCCUUCAACUCUCCAAAACCCCAUCACCACCAAAACCAGACCAAACCCAUCAUCCCCUAUACUCAAACCCUCAAAGACUCCCUCCUCUCCCUCAUCAAAUCAUGCACCCACAAAUCCCAUUUGCUCCAAAUCCACGCCCACAUUCUCCAAACCUCUCUCAUUCUCGACUCCUCAAUCUGCUUCCACUUCUUGUCCCUCGUUUCGCUUUCCCCACCUUUCCAAAACUUGACCUAUUCCCGCCAAUUCUUGUUUCAAAUUCCCAAACCCAAAGCCAUUCACUACAACACUGUGAUAAGAGCUUACUCAAUCAGUGAUUCACCCCAGGAGGGGAUUCAUCUUUACCUUGAUUUGAGGCGGCGAGGUCUUGGUGGCAACGCUUUCUCGUCCUCUUUCGUAAUGAGAUGUUGUGUUAGAGCCAAGUACUUAUUAGGAGGAAUUCAGGUUCAGGCUAGGAUUGUGAGAGAUGGGCAGCAAUCAGACAGUCGUUUACUCACGACUUUGAUGGACCUGUACUCGAUUUGUGGCGAGUUUGAUGAUGCAUGUAAGGUGUUCGACGAAAUUCUUCACAGAGACACUGUUGCCUGGAAUGUGUUGAUUUCUUGUUUUCUGCAUAACAGCCGCAGCAGGGAUGCUUUGGGUUUGUUUGACAUUAUGCGGAGCGAAAGUUACAGAUGUGAGCCUGAUGAUGUUACUUGUUUACUUAUGCUCCAGGCUUGUGCAAGCUUGAAUGCGUUGGAGUUUGGCGAAAGGGUUCAUAGGUACAUUGAAGAACAUGGUUAUAUUGGUGCUUCUAAUCUCUGUAAUGCUCUUAUAACUAUGUAUUCGCGGUGUGGGUGUUUGGAUCAGGCUUAUGAGGUGUUUAAGGGGAUGCGGGGUAGAAAUGUGGUUUCAUGGAGUGCAAUCAUUUCUGGGCUUGCUGUGAAUGGGCAUGGCAGAGACGCUGUUGAAGCGUUUUGUGAGAUGCAGAGAAUGGGGGUUUUACCUGAUGAACAGACUUUUACUGGCGUUCUUUCGGCUUGCAGUCAUUGUGGGUUGGUUGAUGAAGCAAUGGAUAUUUUUGAUUGCAUGAGCAAAGAGUUUGGAGUAGUGCCUAAUGUCCAUCACUAUGGGUGCUUGGUUGAUCUUUUGGGUCGGGCUGGUCGACUCGAUCAAGCAUAUCAGCUUAUAAUGUCGAUGGAUAUGAAACCAGAUUCAAAGAUAUGGAGAACCUUACUUGGGGCUUGCAAGAUUCAUAACUAUGAAACCCUUGGGGAACGUGCGGUGGAUCAUUUGAUCGAACUCAAGGCUCUAGAGGCAGGGGACUAUGUUCUGUUGAUGAAUAUUUACUCUUCGGCUGAAAACUGGGAGAAAUUAGCUGAAUUAAGGAAGUUUAUGAAGGAAAAAGCAAUUCAAACUACACCAGGCUGCAGCACAGUUAUACUGCAUGGAACAGUCCAUGAGUUUUUGGUGGAUGAUGUUUCGCAUCCAAGGAAGGACGAAAUCUACAGAAUGCUGGAUGAGAUCAAUAGUCAGCUGAAGAUUGCUGGUUAUGUUGCUGAUGUAUCAUCAGAACUGCACAAGUUGGGGACAGAAGAGAAGGGAUAUGCACUCUCUUAUCACAGCGAGAAAUUAGCUAUUGCUUUUGGAGUGCUGGCAACUCCACCCGGCACGACAAUUAGAGUGGCCAAGAAUCUUCGCACUUGUGUUGAUUGCCACAACUUUGCGAGGAUUCUCUCAGGGGUUUAUAACAGGACGGUAAUUGUGAGAGACCGCAGCCGGUUUCAUCAUUUUCGGGAUGGACACUGCUCGUGCCAUGGCUAUUGGUAGGACCAUUCAAGAACUACGGCAUGUGAGCAUCAGGGAACAUGUUCUGCAAAUGAAAUGGCUGGGUGGGAAGCAACACAGAGUUUUAUAGAUGGUCGUGAAAAGCUAUUGAUAAGUGACAGUGACUAAGAAUUUCAGAUUAUUUGGAGGACAAAAUGCGGAACUCGAUCACCCUAUUCUCUACUCCAAAGCUUUAACUCCCGUAUGAACAGUAUAAUCCUGAGAAACAGUGUGGUAAUGAUUUUGCCUCCGACAGCACUGCUCAUCUAUGUUGUGGCUUUCCUUCUUUGCUCCACUGAAAGAGGCGGCCUCCGUGCUAGGUUGGUUACACUUAAAGCAAAAAAAAAAAAAGGAACCGAUUAAAUUUUCAUUUGCUUGAUCACCGAGUCCCAUACCAUUUCUUCAAUUCCUUCCCUUUUAGGGUUUGGUUGUCCGAUUCUAAUGAGAAUUGGAAACAGGACUUAAUUACUAUAGAAAAGGAUCAAGGGUAAAUAAAACGUAGUUUCUCGUUUAGAAGACUAUUUAGCUCGUGAAAAGUAUUCAGCCCUUUGUUGACUGAUCAACCUAGCUAUCUAGCUUCAAAAGGAAAUUUGGAGAUGGUGAGGUGCAACACAUUGAGGAGGCAGUACUACAACCGCAACGAAAUCCCGAGGCAGCUGAUGGAUCUACCCAUCGAUGUCGUGGUGUACAUCCUUUUGAGACUGCCGGUAGAGUCACUGCGUUGCAUCCGAUGUGUGUCUAAGACCUUGUUAAACACAGUUGACAGCCCCUCUUUCGUUAGGCAGCACACACUUUCACUCAUUGCUGGCAACAGCCAUGUUGUUCGAGUACCUCAACUCAUGUGCUUUGCUGAAACAAGUCCUCCCAGAGGAGAAGUGUAUUUUGUGACUUUGCAAUCACUGAGAUAUGAUGGCGGCACCACCAUGACAAAAGGAGAAUACGCAUUUACUCAUUCGACGAGAAGCCCUAUAUGGACAAGCUACCAAAUAAAUUUGUUUUCUACUUGCUUUGCAUCGCCCUGGAGAAUGAACACUGCUUGUUGAUCAAUCCUCUUCUUAGAGAAGUUCUAAGUCUCCCAACCAAUAUUAACAUCGAACAACUUACAAAAUAUGGUCCAAAUUCUGAAGUACACAUUACUUGGUAUGGUAUGGGAUUUGAUAAUAUAACACACCUACAAAAUUGUUCGUGUUUCCAGGAUUCUCAGUAAGGAAUUACCUGAACCUUAUACAACCCUCGGCAUGUUUCCGCAUAUUACAAGAUUGGGCACGAACUCAUGCAGAGAAAUACCUUCUGUUCCCCCUUGUGGUUUAAAUUGCGGGUUUAAUCUUUGUGCAUACGGAGAUAUGCUCUGGCUGAAGAAAAACAGAGUAAGAGGUGUAACAAAAAGCCAUAUACUUUCUUUCGACUUCAAAAAAAUAAGAGUUUUAGGUGGUGUUUGUUACAUGGGAUUGGAUGGGAUAAGACUGCCUUAUCUAAUAAAUUAAGACUUAUCCCAUGUUUGGCUGAAACAAGGACUAUAAUAAAUGAGACUAUGUAGUCCCCAAAUCAACAUCAACACCUUCUUACAUAGUCUCCCCAAAUUUCACCGGACUGUGGAAGCAACGCUCGCUCAUUCUUCGCUUCUCGGCGCUCACUCGCAUCUUUCACUUCUGUCUCCUUCAACUAAACCAGGUUCAGUUUCUCUCUUUUCUCGAUCAUGCUCCCUUUCUUGCGUUAAUCAUUGUUCACUCUUUCCUUCAAUCCCCUCUACCUUCUUCUUCUUCCCUUCAAUCCCCUCUACCUUCUUCUUCUUCUUCUAUCUCUUUGGUGUCUGGGUAGUUAGAUCUGCUAAGAUUUUGAUCAAUUUGUUGUCUGAGUAGAUUGACCUGGUAAGAAUUGUGAUCCAACCAAUAGAAUUGAGGCAACCCGGAAACUUUCCAUUUGCCAAGUACCCAAAUAUCAUAGCAUUGUAAGAAACCGAACUCCUCCAACCCAUUGCAUUAAACACAUGCAGAGCCACUUCGCAUUGGCCAUUGAUCAUUUGGGUACUAAUUUCCAUGUUAAAUUUAACAACUUCUGAGUCGGAAGCAUUUGACAACCUAUUCAUGGAACUCUUCUACUUUUGGGUAUUUGUUUUCUUCCAUGGGAUUGGGUUUGGGUUAGUGGGAUUUCCAAAACUGAUGUUGAUGGGUUUCUGGGUUUUGGCUGAGCUUGAGAAGUCAGUUGGUUCUUUAUUCUUUUUCUACUCCACCAAUCAUUCUUCUGGUGUUCUUUCUUGUGUUGUUCUUGUUAGUGGGAUUUCCAAAACUGAUGUUGAUGGGUUUCUGGGUUUUGGCUGAGCUUGAGAAGUCAGUUGGUUCUUUAUUCUUUUUCUACUCCACCAAUCAUUCUCCUGGUGUUCUUUCUUGUGUUGUUCUUUCUUAUUAUGAGUUUGUUCUUCUGUGGUAAUCCUUAGUCCUACGGAGCACCAAACAUGGUUCAAGUAUUAGUUUAGCAUAAGCCAGGCUUGAGAAGUCCAGGACUCUCAUAGAAAUUAAGGUGAGGCAUGGUAGUCCCGUGAAACAAACAUGCCCUUAUUGGACUCCUACUCCCCCCACAUUGCAAAGCUCGAACAAGGACUCCACCUUGAACUUGCUUACUGUAAGAGGAUCGAUGGCCAUUGUGGAGACUUCUUUGUCGUGAGUUGUCAACCAUGUGCAGCACUAGAUCAGAAUGAGUAUGUCUACCUUUCAGAAUUGACAACCAAUCUACAUCUAGGAUUAAUGAUUCAUUGAGCUGUAGUGUUAGUGAUAGAUCAGUGUAGUGAGCUGUAUGCUCUACUUUUGUAAUCCUAUUUAUACUUCAGUGUAAGAUUAAUAGAAUAUACCGAUUUACUCAAUAUCUAACUUGGUAUCAGAGCUGAGAUCCAAAAGGACUUUGUCUCCUUAAUUCUUUGUUCAAGAUCAGACCGAUCUUCGUCUCUUCUGAGACCGAUCUUCGCCUGCAAUCAUUCAUCACCCAUCUCAGAGCAAUUUUCUCUCUGCACCCAUCAAGCAGGCAACCUUCAUCAAAGCAGGCAGCCUUCAUCUUUCCGGAUCGGCGUCCUUCAUCUGUCCCAAGAUCGGACUCAUCUCAAACCUCAGCAACUUCA